UUUAUUAGUUCUUAGUAACGAUUAGCAGCUAAAGUGUGUAUACUGUAUAGUGCUAGGAAUAUUGAAAUAGCUAAUUCUUUUGCAUAGAACUUCACUUCAUUAAAGGUCUAAAUCAUAGCACACCAUGCCACGAUAUGUCAAGCUUGGACGUAAACCUCUUCCUGUUGGAGUUGGACAUCACUGGGCAGUUCGAGUAGAAACCGGCCGUUUAGAUGGUUGCUGGUAUGAGCUUUUACCGGAUGGUUCUGGUUCACGAGGUUCAGGCAGAAAUCUUGGGAGUUUAAGAGGAUCCAAUAUUUCAGGAAGUUCGGGAGAUCCUGAUCGAAAUGAGAUUGUGAGAAGUCAUACCAAAGUAGCAAAGAGUGGAGCAGGGGCUUUGGGAGGCUCAACUGUUGGUAAAACAACAAAAUCUGAUGAAGAAAUAGAUGACUUCAUUUCAAGGUGGUUAAAACAAAAUCAAAGAUAUGGUGUUUAUGCAGCAAAUUGUCAAACAUUUGCAACUGAGUUCAUAGCAUGGUUAACUGAUGAUAAUUAUAACAUUUCAGUGUCACAUGAUGCUGGGAAAAUACUAACCAACUCAAGCAAACGGACUCAUGCUGCAGCACAUGAAGGAACUGCAUAUGCAACUGCAUCAUAUGGAGAAAUACGAGAAGCAAUGGGUUCUGUAGCUGUAGCGGGUCGAUUACCAACUGUGAUGGCAGGGGUAUCAGCUGGAACAGAAGGGUUUUAUGCUGUUGCUGAAGCUUCUGCAUUUCGUGCUGAAGCAAAUUAUGGAAAUUUUAUUGGUGGCCAUAUUGAUUUGAAUGUCAAUACAGGAGCAGGGGUUAGAAACGGCAAUGUUGAAGCACACCUCUUGGGUUUCGGAGGAAGGGUAGGAACAGAUGGAGUAGAAAUCAAUACACCACUAGGAGGCGUUCGUAUUCCUGUUCUUGGUGCACCAAUUAAUUGGAUUGGAGGACUAUUCCGUUUAUUUGUUCCCAGACGUUGAAAAGUUGUCUACCUUAAUCGCUGGUGAAAGGGAUAAGUGUAAUUUAAAGAGACCCUUAAUGCAAAGAUGGCAAAGCCUGACUCGACACAAUGGUACCCAAUUGAAACACUUAUCUGAUCAAUUAUGUUGAAGAUGUUGUCAUUGGCUUAACCCUAUUCCUGCUGGGGGGGGGGGUC